AUAAUGACCAUCGUAGUCACCAAAUCAUCGCCGGUGGCGGUCACGGGCCCGGAGAAGCUGGGGACGGCGCGCCGUGGGAUCAUCAACCUCUCCUCUUUUGAUAAGUGUUUGGCUCCAAUUCCUGUCUCGCUGCUCCUCAUCUUCGAUCAGCCAAUCGACGACCCUGUUGAGACAAUCAAGAAGGCCCUGUCGCAGGCACUGGUGCUCUACUACCCUAUGGCUGGCCGCCUCGUCGCUGGACCCGACGGGGCGCCGAACCACAUCUCGUGCUCCGGGGAGGGCGUCUCGUUCGUGGGCGCGCUGGCGAGCUGUGUGCUGGACCAAUUCACGACGUCGCCGCUGCUCGCCGGACAGCUCGCCCCCCGCUACCCUGCCGAGUACUGCCGCUCAGACGACGCCAUGCUGCUGAUGCAGGUGACCGAGUUCGCCUGCGGCGGGUUCGUCGUGGGCGUGACGUGGAACCACGUCAUGGCCGACGCCGCGGGGAUGGCGCAGUUCCUGCAGGCCGUCGGCGAGCUUGCCCGUGGGAUGCCAGCGCCGUCCGUCGUGCCUGUCAGGUCCCAAGUGCUGCCCUGCCUCCCGCCCAAGAUGGUCGCCGCAGCGAGGUCUCGGAUCCGUGUCGGAACGGAGGAAAUGACAAGCCUGGACGUCACCGUCUCAUGGAGCCUGAUUGCCCACAUCAGGGCCGAGUGCGGCGGCACGGUGUUCGACGCUGUCGCGGCCGUGCUCUGGCAGUGCCGCACCCGUGCUGUCAUCUUCGAACCCGAUACGCCUGUGCCUCUCGUCUUCGCGAGCAACAUGCGCGGGCUUGUGGGCGCCAAGCGCGGCUACUACCGAAACUGCAUCAUGCGGCAGCCGGUCAUGGCCAUGAGCGGCACAGUGGCAUGCGGCGACGUCAAGGAGCUGGUGAAGCUCAUCAGGCUCGCCAAGGAAAAGACGCCGGGCCUGCUCACGAACGGCGGCGGUGGGGAUAUGCUGCAGCCGACCACGCCCCCUCCGAGGUACAACACGCUGGUUGUGACGAGCUUGAGGAACCUUGGGUUCGACGAGGUGGACUUCGGGCGUGGGCAUCCGGCGCGGGUGAUGCCGCCGCUGGGCAAGGUCGUGCGGACGGCGACAAACCCCUGCGUUCUAUGCCCGCCAUGCAUGGCAAAGGACGGCAUCAACGUCAUGUCCUUCUGUGUGAAGCCGGAGCACGCCGAUGGCUUCUUACGGGAGUUGGCCGCGAUGCACAUGCACAUGCACGCGCGUUUAUAG